AUGGUUCCUUUUUUUCCUUUCCUUUUCCCAUCUGCAGUUGAGUACGACAAGGAGUUCACACCUCACCAGAGGCACCACAAGGAAUUCAAAUUUAAUUUGUCUCAGAUUCCUGAGGGCGAGGCCGUCACAGCCGCUGAGUUUCGGAUCUACAAGGACUGCGUUGUGGGAAGCUUUAAAAACCAAACCUUCCUUAUCAGCAUCUACCAAGUGCUUCAGGAACAUCAGAACAGGGCCUCUGACCUGUUUCUGCUGGACACGCGGGCAGUGUGGGCAUCGGAGGAGGGCUGGCUGGAGUUUGAUGUCACUGCCACCAGUAACAUGUGGGUGAUGAACCCUCAGCACAACAUGGGACUGCAGCUGAGCGUGGUGACCCGGGAUGGUUUCAGUGUAAAUCCUAGAGAAGCUGGCCUUGUAGGGCGAGAUGGCCCUUACGACAAACAGCCUUUCAUGGUGGCCUUCUUCAAAGUGAGCGAAGUUCACCUCCGGACCACUAGGUCAGCGACAAGCAGGCGCAGGCAGCAGAGUCGGAACCGCUCCACCCAGACUCAGGACGUUUCCAGGGUGUCAAGUGUCACAGAUUACAACAGCAGUGACUUAAAAACAGCUUGCAGAAAGCAUGAGCUUUACGUUAGCUUCCAAGACUUGGGAUGGCAGGACUGGAUAAUCGCUCCAAAGGGCUAUGCAGCCAACUACUGUGAUGGGGAGUGCUCAUUCCCACUCAAUGCCCACAUGAACGCAACCAAUCAUGCCAUUGUCCAAACUCUGGUUCAUCUUAUGAAUCCUGAUUACGUUCCCAAACCAUGCUGUGCACCUACCAAACUAAAUGCCAUAUCUGUUCUUUACUUUGAUGAUAAUUCUAAUGUAAUCUUGAAGAAAUACAGGAAUAUGGUAGUAAGAGCUUGUGGAUGUCACUGACAAACAGUCUUCACAUGGACUCUGUGAUGCUACCACGAACUUUGAUACAACCUUCCCUGCUUUCAGGAGCUGGGAGAAAAAAAGCAUGUGAUGUACCACGUUUCAGAACACCAUGUAUGUGCCUUGUGGGAGGACGGGGUGUGGGGACCACCCCUUGGGGUGUGAACUGCUGGACUUCUUACAGACUGACCCUACGCCGCGGUCAGCAGCAGCAGCAAUUUGCCCACACGCUUUAUUUGGCUGGGAUGGUCUUAAAUCUCACAGAGCAGCUUGGCCUUUAGCAGUUGCUUGGACAUCUGCUGCAGUUUUACCAGGUGGGCUAACAACACUCAAAAAAAAAAGUGAGGUCUUUUUCUUGGGGGUGGGGAGGGAAGACGAGGGGGAGAGGCAGAGAAGCUAAAGAAAGUGGUGUUGGCACUUUGGUCAUAGAGCAUACGUCUCGUGCAAGAUCGUUUUGUCCAGAAGGACCAGCUACUACGCCUAGGCUGAUGGUCUCCUCCUGACAGCUGUCACGACAGUAAAGCAUCUAAAAUUGUGCCAAAGUAAAUGUUUCAGUUCUCUUAUGCUCCAAGCACUGUUUAACUCUGAUCCUGCAAGCGUAAGAUGGCUUGGUUGCACCAUGUGUUAGAAACACUACCAUGAACUCAGACCCUGGCUGGUCUUGCCAGUUCCCUCUCUGACUGAGCAGUACAACUUUAUACACUCAUUCUUAUGCAACUUCCUUCCCCUCCCCAAACGAGGUGGCCUCAUCUACUACCAGUUGCCCAGGAAGGAAGUCAGGACACUUCUAAAGCUGUAAUUCAGAUGUAAAAGUUUAGGGGCCAUUCAUUCUCUAGCUGGACAGUUUGUUUACAGGAAGACAGAAUGUCAACAACAUUUGCAACCUUUUCCAUUCAACUCACAUGACUAACAAAUCGGUUUAAAGGAUACACAGUGUAACCAUGGUUUGUCUAGCAGAAGCUAAUAGCAAAUUGUUUUGAUCAAUAUUAAACUUGUAUUAAAUGCACUUACCUCUACUUGCAUUUAAAAGGCUUCUUGUAAAUACAAGCUAUAAUUUAUUGCACUUGUCACUGUAUAUUCAUUGUGCUGUAUCAUUUAUAGCAAGACUGCUUUUUUAAAAAGUUUUUAUUUAGAAAAAAUCUCAGUGUAAACAAUUGUACCACUUUGAUUUUAUACAAGAAACUCAUGAGAUUGUGCUUCACUAGAAAGUUGUUAAAAAUGUAAUAAAGGCUUCCUGUAAGACAGAAGUAUACACA